GUCUCGGCAAAAAACGUGAAGCUUGCCGACAAGCACUUGCCACCGCAUUUCGUGAAGAACGCUAGCUGGUGAGGAAAGUGAAUCGUCCCGCAAGAUGCGGGAACGCUCUGCGGAACGUGCCUCCUUUUGGAGGCACGGCUUCCGCCGGCCGAGUCAAACUUGGAGCAUGCUCGAACUCUACCUCACGUGCCUCAAAAUAUCCAUUAGCCGUAUCUGUCGCUAUAAAAAGAAGAUGCGCACGCUUUUGCAGGCUUGUCAUUACACAUAUCUCCAUUCCCAUUUCCAAGCCCUGACUUGUCCCUUGCUCAGCUGUUGACCGCCACACUCCCAGUGUAACAAGCAUCAUGGCCCUUUAUUCCGUCCAAGGAGUCGACGUCAUCCAGCGCGACUCGCCCAGGCCUACCUCCGCUGCGGCAAGAUACUCGGGCCUCCACCGUAAGACCGUGGUCCUCCCUGCAGGCCACCAAAGAGGCCCGGCCUAUAGAGGCUUCCGUGCAGAGACCAUCUACGAGCGCGACAUUGAGAUUCCCCUCCGCGACGGCACAAUCCUCAGGGCCGAUGUCUACAGACCAAACAACACGGCCGAGAAGGUUCCGAUCCUUCUCGCCUGGUCCCCCUAUGGCAAGAGUGACACUGGAUUCUUCAGCCUCGACCUCGUUCCAGGCCGGGCCGGUGUGCCUCAGUCUAAAAUGUCAGGUUAUGAAUCCUUUGAGGGUCCGGACCCGGCCGAGUGGACUGCCCGAGGAUAUGCCAUUGUCAACAUCAACACUAAGGGGUCGUUCGACUCCGAGGGCGAUUUUGUGUUAGUAAACUGUGACGUUUCGUGCAAGUAACGUUCCUGCGCUCGACAGAGCUCAGAAUGAGUGAUUUCAACAGUGGUAAUUGAAAGUUGUCUGUCUAAAAGAAAGGUUCUAAAAAGAGUGACUGCGAGCUCUGAAACUCGGUUUAUAUGCUCCGGAGGAGCUCUAAAUGCUGACUCAUCGGUGCCAUGCGAGCACCGGUACGUACCUUACCUGCUC